GUAACACCUUCCGUACAGCCAAUAUCAUCAUCUACGCGGCCUUCCACCAUUGACGACGAACAACGGCCAAUAAAUUUCUUACUCCCGUUCGGGACAUCAACUAGCUACCUCUACACAUGGAAAAGCGAAGGCACUUUGAGUGCCUAUUCUCGGGCUUGUUUGGACAUGCAUCUGCUUUUACUCUAGCAUCCAUCCAUUAUCCAUUGUUCUUCCAGCGAGGGCGGAGUACUGUACUUUGACUUCUUCCCUACACACCAACCCCGCAAGGAUUCACGACCGUGAUGAACAUCAAAGACUAUCUACCUCAGGGUGAUCGACCUUAGAGUUGAGCAUCUUUAUCAUGGCCCUUGUUUGUUCCCUUCCCCGUAGU